CGCACGCGCACCUGCUGCAGUGGUAGCUGAUAAAAGCAUUUCCUCUCAGGUGACGUUGUUUGUCCUGAUGAGCCGCGCGGGUCGAAAUGGACUUACGCCAGAUCAUUUGUUUGAUUUUUCUGGCAAGUCUGAGCCCUACUCGAGGUCAAAUUUUUGGAUGCCAUCAAGGCCAGUGGCAGUGUGAUGAUGGAAACUGUAUCCCUGAUGUCUGGAGAUGUGAUGAAGAUGGAGACUGUCUAGAUGGAUCUGAUGAAAUGGAUUGCACUGGCUCUCCUGAAUGUCUGCCAGGUCAGUUUCCUUGUGUGGACUCUGUCGGCUGUGUUAACGUAUCUGCACGCUGUGACGGACAAAACCAGUGUCCCACUGGCUCUGAUGAGGAGAACUGUACAGCUGAGGGCUGUUUGGACUCCGACUGGACCUGUCGAAACCACAUCUGUAUCCCUAAAGAGCUGCACUGCAACGGGCUUAAUGACUGCCUGGACAACUCUGAUGAAGAGGGCUGUGGUCUGUGUGGUGAGGAUGGCAUACGGUGUCCUGAGGGGACAUGUCUGUCUGCUGAAGAGAGGUGUGAUGGGCAGGUUCACUGCUCAGAUGGCAGCGAUGAGCCCAUAACAUGUGGUCGUAUUUGCUCUAUGAACAACGGUGGCUGUAGCCAUUUGUGUGUCGAUGAAGCCUGGGGAGCUCUGUGUGCCUGUCCUGUUGGAUAUAAGCUCUCUCCCAAUGGAGCAGUCUGCGAAGAUUUGGAUGAAUGUGCCCCACCCUUUGCUCCCUGUAUGCAUCACUGCACUAACACCAUUGGCUCCUUCUAUUGUCACUGCAGAGAAGGCUUCAAACUGAAUGGAAGCUCCACAUGUCUAGCUACAGGUAAUGCCACCAGAUUGCUAACGGUGCAGAGGAAAUCGAUCGGGCUGUUAAAUGUGAAGUCUCAACAGUUUGAAGUUAUCCAGACUCCAGUGUUUGACGUAGUGGCCCUGACUUUUGACGUUGACCGAGGCUGGUACUACUGGGCUGACAACUAUGGCAGCAUUUACAAAAGUGAUGGACAGCACAGCUGGACAGUCUAUACUGGGGAGCCUGGAAUCAAAGGUCUAGCUUGUGACUGGCUGAAUGGAAACGUCUUCUGGACCAAUCAGAAGACAGAGUCAAUCUACAUGCAGGCAGCUGAUGGGAAAAGUUACACUACUCUGCUGAGCAAAAACAUCAGCCCAUCAGAGUUGGUGCUUAUACCUUUGGAGAGCUUGAUGUUCUGGAUCAGCGCCGGCCAUGGGGACAGAAAGACAAUAGAGAAGUCAUGGAUGGAUGGGUCAGAAAGAAGCUCUCUGACUGUGCUCACUGCUCAGUCCGCCCACAGCCUCACUGCUGACGUGGCUGCCAGGAGGCUGUACUGGAUCAGCGACUUCAAGAAGUCUAUAGAGACGGUGAAGGUGGAUGGGACUGGCCGUUGCUCCUUCACAGGUCUGUUCAACAGGAGACCAGCUCUCAGCCUGGCUGUGUUUGAAAGUUUGUUCUACUGGGUGGAUGACAAAGGACUGUGGCAGGUUCCACAGAACCAACCGAACCAGAAGAAAUUUAUCUGGAAAGCUGCACUGCCAAUAUUAGCGGUUUACCAUAAGCUACAGCAGCCUCAAGGUUCUUCUGCAUGUGUAAAGACUCCAUGUCACCUCUGCCAGCUAACUAAAGGCAACCCUGUUGGAUUCACCUGCGCUUGUCCAAACUCCAAAGUACUGUUGCCUGAUGGGACAUGUGAAUAUCCAAGGUUUAUAUAUGCUACCAUUACCAAUAUCAACCUGUUGGAGUUUAGAGGCAGAGAGUCCACUAAAAUCCAGCUGUUUACCACUGACGACGGUAUACUGUCAUUUGAUGUGGACUGGUACAGAGACUGGCUGUACUGGGCUAACCAAACUGGCCAUAUCCAACGCACCAGUCUAACCCAGUUCAAGUCUCAGGUGGUCCCAUCAUCUUUGCCAGUUUGUCUGAUAAAAGUUGACCAGAGGAAAGGGAACCUUUAUUGGGUGUCAUGUGACCAAAACAGCAUCGGCACCACCACAGUUGACAAUCGAUACUCGCAGCAGCUGUACCAUACAACAAGAGAGAUUCAAGAUCUGUAUCUGGACUGGCUGAGAGGUGGAAUCCUGUGGCUGGAGGAAGAACGAAUCUUCACCAUGAGCAUGAUGGGAGGCAAAGCCAAAGAGCUGCUGCACUUAGCAGCAGGAGUCAGGGGGAACAUCGCCUUCGACCUCAGGGCUAAUAGUCUACUCUGGAACUCAAAAUGGGCAGGUUUGACAACAAUGAGUUUGCUGCAGGAAAGAAGCCACCAAGCUGGUAGAAGAUGGAACAUUUCGGGCUCAAUCAUAGCUGCCUUUGAGCCCUUCCUGUUGUCCCUUUCUGAUGAUGUCAUGACUCUGUGGGACCGGCGUGAUGGGAGCCGCAUCCAAGACAUGAUUGUAGGAGGUCAUGUGUUGAGUGUAAUUGCUGCACUCAGGGAAGUCAGUACAGUGCCCAAUACUCCAGUCUGCAAAGAGCCCUUUGUGCUGUGCCGACACACAUCAAUCUGCCUCUCACAAGCCCAGCUGUGUGAUGGGAAAAAGGACUGCCCUAAUGGUGAUGAUGAGGAUUUUUGUGUAACUACGUGUCCAUCUAAAGAGGAUUUCAAGUGCAAGGACAGUAGAAGUUGUAUCUCCAGGAAUCUUGUUUGUGACGGUCGUUCUAAUUGUCGUGAUGGCUCAGAUGAGGUCGACUGUCCGACCAUAGCUUCUCCUGCAGCUCGGGCAAACAUCUUGAAGUGUCGCACAGGCUCAAAGCCAUGUAAAGAUGGCACAGAGUGUGUGUUAUACAGCCACGUGUGUGAUGGGGAAAAGGACUGUCGGGAUGGAUCAGACGAAGAAGGAUGUGAUGCUGCAGAGAUUGACCCUACCACUGCUAUAGAAAACGUCCGUUUGAAUGAAUCCCCAUUACCCGUCAAACCCUUUACUGAGCUUCCCACAAAGCCAUUCUGCACCAGCCCUUCAGUUCUGUGUCCAGAUUCAUCUUUAUGCAUCAACCCAUCACAGCUUUGUGAUGGAAAGAGAGACUGCCCCGAUGGAUCAGAUGAGAACUGCGUGAAAAGAUGCCCUUACAAGACUGAUUUUCUCUGCAAGGACCGUCGGAGCUGCGUCUCCAAGAGUCUAGUUUGUGACGGCCGCUCUCAUUGCCACGAUGGCUCAGAUGAGGUCGCCUGUCCGGGCGUAGCUACUCCUGCAACUCAGGCAAACGUUCUGAAGUGUCGUAUGGGCUCCAGAUUGUGUCGAGAUGGGACAGAAUGUGUUCUCUUCAGUCAUGUUUGUGAUGGAGAGAGAGACUGCCAGGAUGGAUCAGACGAAGAAGGAUGUGAUGCUGCAGAGAUUGACCCUACCACUGCUACAGAAAAUGUCCGCUUGAAUGAAUCCCCAUUACCUGUCAAACCCUUUACUGAGCUUCCCACAAAGCCAUUCUGCACCAGCCCUUCAGUUCUGUGUCCAGAUUCAUCUUUAUGCAUCAACCCAUCACAGCUUUGUGAUGGAAAGAGAGACUGCCCCGAUGGAUCAGAUGAGAACUGCGUGAAAAGAUGCCCUUACAAGACUGAUUUUCUCUGCAAGGACCGUCGGAGCUGCGUCUCAAAGAGUCUAGUUUGUGACGGCCGCUCUCAUUGCCACGAUGGCUCAGAUGAGGUCGCCUGUCCGGGCGUAGCUACUCCUGCAACUCAGGCAAACAUUCUGAAGUGUCGUAUGGGCUCCAGAUUGUGUCGAGAUGGGACAGAAUGUGUUCUCUUCAGUCAUGUUUGUGAUGGAGAGACAGACUGCCAGGAUGGAUCAGACGAAGAAGGAUGUGAUGCUGCAGAGAUUGACCCUACCACUGCUACAGAAAAUGUCCGCUUGAAUGAAUCCCCUUUACCUGUCAAACCCUUUACUGAGCUUCCCACAAAGCCAUUCUGCACCAGCCCUUCAGUUCUGUGUCGAGAUUCAUCUUUAUGCAUCAACCCAUCACAGCUUUGUGAUGGAAAGAGAGACUGCCCCGAUGGAUCAGAUGAGAACUGUGUGAAAAGAUGCCCUUACAAGACUGAUUUUCUCUGCAAGGACCGUCGGAGCUGCGUCUCCAAGAGUCUAGUUUGUGACGGCCGCUCUCAUUGCCACGAUGGCUCAGAUGAGGUCGCCUGUCCGGGCGUAGCUACUCCUGCAACUCAGGCAAACGUCUUGAAGUGCCGCAUGGGCUCAAAGCCAUGUAAAGAUGACACAGAGUGUGUUUUAUACAGCCACGUAUGUGACGGAGAGAAUGACUGUAUGGAUGGAUCUGAUGAACAGGGAUGCCCAGAAACCUGCAAACAAGAUGAGUUUCAGUGUUCCCACAGGAAGAUGUGCAUCCCCGAGGCUCAGGUGUGUGAUGGGAAGUCACAGUGUCGGGACCAGUCUGAUGAACUGGACUGCAAGGAACAAACAAAAAGCUGCGAGUAUCACUGUGCUGACGGAAAGCGCUGCAUCCCAAAGAAAUUCCUGUGUGAUGGAGAGAGGGACUGUGUGGAUGGCACAGAUGAGGUGGGCUGCGACCCUGUUACUGCUGCAACAACAGAGUCUCCUGUUUUCACUUCCGCAUCAACUUGCAUCACUCCUUCAGUUCGCUGUCCACGUUCAUCACAAUGUAUCUCUCAAAAACAGCUGUGUGAUGGGCAAAGAGACUGCCCUGAUGGAUAUGAUGAAAAGAACUGUAUGUUCCAGUGUAAAAACCCAGAUGACUUCUUGUGCAGUGACCGGAGGGCGUGCGUCCCCAGGAUGGAAGUGUGUGACGGUCGUGCCCACUGUCCCGACGGCUCAGAUGAGAAGCAGUGUCUAUCAGCAGAUCCUACUGCUUCCCCCUCCGUCAAUGUGCUUAGUGCCAGAUCAGCCCCACUGAGAUGCCGCAAAGGAUUCAAGCCAUGUAAAGAUGGUGUCGAGUGUGUUAUGUACAGCCAUGUGUGUGACGGAGAGAAGGACUGCCAGGACGGAUCAGACGAAGAGGGAUGUGCUGCUCAGUGCAAAGCAGAUGAGUUCCAGUGUGCUCACGGGAAUAGAUGCAUCCCACCGGAGCAGGUGUGUGACGGGCAGCACGACUGUCAAGACAGAUCCGAUGAAAUGGACUGUUCAAGUCUGAGUGAGGGCUGCCAUCAGCGCUGUGAUAACUACACUCGCUGCAUACCAGAGACCUUCCUGUGUGAUGGCGAGAGAGACUGCGCUGAUGGGUCAGAUGAGGAAAAGUGUGGUUUGGUGGCCUGUGCAAUUAACCAGUAUCGCUGUGCUAGCGGUCAGUGUGUGUCCGAGGCUCUGAGAUGUGACGGGUAUGCUGACUGCAGUGACCGCUCUGAUGAGGUGGAUUGCACAAGACCUCCGCGCUGCCCGACACAGCUCCGAUGCCCCAACAGCCAUGAGUGCCUGCAGAAACAGUGGCUCUGCGAUGGCGAGGACGACUGCAAAGACGGGUCAGACGAGAAGAACUGCAUGUCGCCACCAGCAAAGUGCAGGGAAUACCAGUGGCAGUGUGGAGACACUGGUCAGUGCAUCCCUUUGUCCUGGAGGUGUGACGGAAAGGAGGACUGUCACAACGGCGUGGACGAGGACAAAUGCAGCCAGAGAAAAUGCCCCUCUCACCUUUACCGGUGUGGCAGCGGUGAGUGUGUGGACCACCGCCUGGUGUGUAACCGCUUCACCAACUGUGCCGACAGCUCAGAUGAGGGUGUGGGAUGCGCUCAACACAACUGCUCCAGCCCAUCAGCUCCUCAGUGUGACCACGACUGUGUCAGCACCCCAAAUGGACCGAGGUGUUACUGUGCUGCAGGUUUCGAACUAAACUCCAGCGCUGUGUCUUGUGUGGACACUAACGAGUGCAAUGCAAUGCCACAUGCCGUAUGCAAACACACCUGCCUGAACACCCGUGGGUCUUACAUCUGUCUUUGCCACCCUGGCUUCUACCUGGAGCCUGACAACAAAAGCUGCAAGUCCAAAGAUGAGCCUUUGCUUCUGGCGUCAGUGCAGUCAGAGCUGUUACUACUGGGUGUCCAUAGUAGCAUCUUGCGUCUUCUGUCCUCUGCCAGUCGGCCAGUCUUCUCACUGGAUUAUCACUGGGCUCAACAGAGAGUUUACUGGCUGAGCCCCGACUACCAGAGCAUUCGCUGGGCUGACAUGAAAAACUCCAACAAAGGGACACUUAUCAAAGGAGUGAAGUCAGAUUUCAUUGCAGUGGACUGGGUUGGUAAGAACCUGUACUGGGUGGACGGACUGGUGGGCCAGAUUCUGGCUGUGAAGCUUAGCAAUGCCACAGUGAGAUCUCAGGACUACACUGUGGUCCUGGGUGAAGAUCUGGAGCAGCCAAGCUCAUUGGUCCUACUGCCACACAGAGGGUUGAUGCUUUGGUCUGAGAUCGGCAGCACCCCUCAGAUCGAGCAGUCUGGAAUGGAUGGUUCAAAGAGGAAGGUGGUGGUGAGCCGAGGCUUGAGCUGGCCAGUCAGUCUGGCCUAUGACCUCCUGGACAACAGGGUGUACUGGGCUGAUGAGAAGCUGCGCUGCAUUGGCUCGGCCUCACUGGAUGGAGACAAUGUCAAGAUCCUCCAAUUAGCCGAAACACCAAGCCCUUUCUCUGUGGCUGUCUUCAAUGACAGAGUCUUCUGGUCUGACACGAAAAGAAGAACCAUCCGCUCAGGUGAUAAGAAUACCGGCAAAGAUCAAAAGGUUCUUCUGAAGAGACCAGGGCAGCCAUUUGGACUGAGGCUGAUGCAUUCCCUUUCCCAGCCAGCCAUAUCCAGCCCCUGUGACCAGUUGCACUGCUCCCACCUUUGUCUCCUGGCCCCAGCAGGCAGGUCUGGAGCACCGGGAUCUCCAGCUGAGGGGGGGCCUACGGCAGUUUGUCGAUGCCCAAAGGGGAUGCUACUUUCCAAGGACAAAAUUACUUGCUCACUACCUAUGGAGUCAACUUUCAUUCUGCUUUUGUCUCAUACAACAGUCUAUCAGAUUUACUUGCACUCCAUGCGCCGUGAUGGUGUUGCUCUGAAAAAAAUGCCAAACAGCAGAGUUUUAGCCCUUCCCGGGGUAACUGAGGCCUCGGGACUAGACGUGUCCAUCCAGGAGCUUUCUCUGUAUGUGGCUGAUGCAGGACAAGGAUCUGUGGAUGUGCUGAAACUGAGCAGCUCCAGGUCGAGACAGGGACUGACACCCUCUGGACAAAUUCUAAAAUUGAGGGAGGAUUCAAUCACUGCUCUGGCAGUUGACUGGGUGACCUCCAACCUCUACUGGAGCAGCACCGAGAGGCCUAAUCUCCACGUGACCUCCUCCCAUGACGGCUACACCACCUCACUGCUGCAGAGAUCACUGAAGGGUACCACAUCCAUUGCACUGCAUCCCCCAUCGGGACGACUUUGCUACACAGCAAUGGUUGAGGCAGGUGGGAGGAGCCAGGUGGACUGCGCCUGGAUGGAUGGCCGUAACAAAGCAGUGCUGUGGAGGAAGUCAAGCAUCCCUUCCUCGCUGGCCUUUUCCAAUCAAGGAACCAUGAUCUACUGGGCUGACACAGGUCAAGGUGUUAUCAACUCUGUUGGAGUGGAUGGAACAGGGUAUAAGCAGUACAAAACAGGACCAGGUCUGCUCAUCUCCUUAACACAUACUGAGAAUAUCCUCCUCUGGGUCACCCUGGACAAAGAUGUAACCAAACUGUGGUUCAGUGACAGUCUCCAGCCUAACCAACUGUGGUUUGAGACAAAGACCAGCGUGGUGGAAGUUAAAGCCUACAGCAGGGAGAGUCAGUCGGGAACUAAUAGCUGCUCUAACAACAACGGCGGAUGCGUCCAUCUAUGUCUGUCCUAUCCUGGAGGUAGGACGUGUAAAUGCGGGCAGGGCUUCUACUCUGUCAAUUCCACUUCCUGUGCCCCGCUUCCCGACUGCCCCACUGGGGAAGAAUCCUGCUUUGAUGGUAACAAGUGCAUCAGCAGUAGCAAGUUCUGCGACGGACAUGUGGACUGUCCAGACCAGUCGGAUGAACAGGACUGUCCAAACACAAAUUCUGCCUCCUUCAGGACCAAAGCCAGCGAUGGCCGCCCUCCCCAGUCUUCAUCCUCGCCUCACCCCAACGCCCAAAAGAACUCUGUUCUUUCAGUUGAAGACUCUACAUCCUGUGAUCUCCAACACUGCAACAGUCACGGCAACUGCAUCACAGAAGGCAAAACCACUCGCUGCCAGUGUAUGACUGGUUACAAGGGAGAGUUCUGUCAAGAGACAGAGACUGGACACAGCCACGUGGCUGUGGUGCUGGGCGUGUUCUGCCUCAUUGCUGUAUUGAUGGCUGCUGCUUUUAUUUUUGCUAAAAGAUAUCUCCAACCUUUCUGCAUGGGUUGCUGUGGCGUCAGUAACUACGUACGCUUCCGGAGAGCCUGGGCAUCCAUCAGAAGCAGAUCCGUGGAGAAAGAAACUCUGAUGGCCAACAUGGGCCUGUCAUGUGAACACUACGAUUCAGACUCUGAGGAGCUGGAGUCCCCAGUAGAUGUGAAGAACCCCCCGCUAGCGUUAAAGUCACUACAGCUCAAAUAGAAGUUCAGUAUUCUGAAAUAUUUCAUCCAGUAAACACCUGGGGACUGAUGCUGUGGAUUGUUACACUUUAUUUGCAGGGUUGGUUUCAUUACGACUCUGAACGCUGCAGACAUCAGUAAUGUCUGAGGAUGCAUUUGCAGUGCUGAAUUUAAAACAUGCUGAUGGAGACUGUCUUUUGGUGUAAUAAAAGUGAUAAAGAACCAAAAACCA